AUGAAAAUAAUUUUAAAAAGAGGCAGGAAUCCAUUUCAUGUUUUCAAAAGAUGCAGGAGCAGCACUGAGGGGAGGCCCAAUUGCGGGCACAUUUGUCUGAACGAUGAUAAACAAAACCUAAAAAGGUUUGCUAACUUAGAAAAGAUCCAUUUGAAGAAAAAUGCAUGCACAAAGAAAGUAGAAAUAUUCAUCGAUGAUUUAAUUUUGUUAACCAAGAGAAAAAAUGUCUUCUCGUUUUACAGUUUUGAUUUAUGCUUUCUAAUAAAACUUGAGAUACUAAGGAAUAAGGAAAAAAUGAACUUACGCAAAAUGCCCAUAACCCUGUCAUCAAAUAACAUGAUCGAUUUUGUGAAUUUAGUUCAUGCUUGUGAAGAAGUAGCAUUUGAAGAAUACUCUCCAAUGGAAAAGAAAAUUUUUUUAAAGGAGACUCAAUUGAAUGAUACGCAUGCAGUAAACAGAUGUAAAUAUGACAAUGUUGGAGUGGAGGUGGUAGAAGAGCAUUGUUAUGAGAAUAAGGAGAAAAUUCAAAGAAAGGAAGGAACAAUGAAGCCGCAUGAAAUGCAAAGAGAUCUUAUAGAAAAUAAACUUUAUGAAAAUUUUAAGAAUGAUUUAAUUUUUUACCAUACUGGAGAUUUGAUGAACAGUUUAGACAAGGUGAAAAAAGAAGAUUUAACAGAAAAAAUUGAUCUUCCAAUGAGCUUAAAUUAUAUAGAAAAUUAUAAGAUCUUAAAUUUACGUGAAGAAGAAAAUAAUGUUUACAACAAAUAUAUUCACCUCUUUGAAGAUAUGCAUAAUGUUAAAUUGAUAAAAGCAAAACAUUUCGAAACACCUGAACAAGAUUACCAUGUUCAGAAAAAAAUCAAAAAUAUAAUAAAAAAUAUGAACAAUUCAGAACUUUUUCUCUUUUACAAAUGCACACAAAUUUUAAACUCAUUUGUCUUUACUUACCUUUUUUUAAAUGGACACAUGGAUUAUAAGGAAGCUUAUCGAUACUCUAACUUGGAUUACAUUUAUCAGUUUCUCAAAUGGGGAUAUGUCUACGAUGUUAAUAUUUACAAAGAUGCUUCUGCUCUGCUGACACUCUCGUCUCUUCGUUUGAUUCGUGCGGUCCUCUAG